GAGAUAGGUAUCUGCCAUAGGUAGAAGACGAGGCGGCGAAGGGAGUUCCCCGCCUCAGUCGCUCUUUCGCUUUCCUUUCCCCUUCCCCCAACUCUCCGCCCUCCUCUAAGUCGGCCCGCCUUCUUUGACCUCAGUGACCCGGCUGGCCCCGCCCACCUUCGUCGACGUGAUUCCCGCCGUGAGGUAAGCGCUGGUCGAACCCAGACUCCAGCGGAAGACGAGGACGCCUGCGAGGGUGAGGCUGCUGGGCCCGGCUGAGGCCAGUCGCGGAGGCGCGGCGCGGGGGAGCAUCGGGGUGGAUCCUCUCGCUCCUCCAUCAGUUCAUUGCGACGUAGCCACCCAGGCCUAGGCCGCCUCCAUCUCUGCUGGCCCCGGCCUCUGGCAGCAGCCGGUGACGCAGACGGAACAUCAUGUCGUCCGCGGCCGAGCCUCCGCCACCCCCGCCUUCCGAGAGCGCGCCUUCCAAGCCCGCAGCCUCGGCCGCCACCGGCGGGAGCAACAGCAGCAACAAAGGCGGCCCCGAGGGCGUCGCGGCCCAGGCGGCUCCGUCUGCAGCCACCGCCGGUCCCGCGGACGCCGAGAUGGAGGAAGUAUUUGAUGAUGCAUCACCUGGCAAGCAAAAAGAACUCCAAGAACCAGAUCCGACCUAUGAAGAAAAAAUGCAAACUGACCGAGCAAAUAGAUUCGAGUAUUUAUUAAAGCAGACAGAACUGUUUGCGCAUUUCAUUCAGCCUGCUGCUCAGAAGACUCCAACUUCACCUUUGAAAAUGAAACCAGGGCGCCCACGAAUAAAAAAGGAUGAGAAACAGAACUUGCUAUCAGUUGGAGACUAUCGACACCGUAGAACAGAGCAAGAGGAGGAUGAAGAACUACUAACAGAAAGUUCCAAAGCAACCAAUGUUUGCACUCGUUUUGAAGACUCUCCAUCAUAUGUAAAAUGGGGUAAACUGAGAGAUUAUCAGGUCCGAGGAUUAAAUUGGCUCAUUUCUUUAUAUGAGAAUGGCAUCAACGGUAUCCUUGCAGAUGAAAUGGGCCUGGGAAAGACUCUUCAAACAAUUUCUCUUCUUGGAUACAUGAAACACUAUAGAAACAUUCCUGGUCCUCAUAUGGUUUUGGUCCCUAAGUCUACAUUACACAACUGGAUGAGUGAAUUCAAGAGAUGGGUACCAACACUUAGAUCUGUUUGUUUGAUAGGAGAUAAAGAACAAAGAGCUGCUUUUGUCAGAGACGUUUUAUUACCAGGAGAAUGGGAUGUAUGUGUAACAUCUUAUGAAAUGCUUAUUAAAGAGAAGUCUGUGUUCAAAAAAUUUAAUUGGAGAUACUUAGUAAUAGAUGAAGCUCACAGGAUCAAAAACGAAAAAUCUAAGUUGUCAGAAAUAGUGAGGGAAUUUAAGACUACAAAUCGACUUUUAUUAACUGGAACGCCUCUUCAGAACAACUUGCAUGAGCUCUGGUCACUUCUUAAUUUUUUGUUGCCAGAUGUAUUUAAUUCAGCUGAUGACUUUGAUUCCUGGUUUGAUACAAACAACUGCCUUGGGGAUCAAAAGCUAGUUGAGAGGCUUCACAUGGUUUUGCGUCCAUUCCUCCUUCGUCGAAUUAAGGCUGAUGUUGAAAAGAGUUUGCCUCCAAAGAAGGAAGUAAAAAUCUAUGUGGGUCUCAGCAAAAUGCAAAGGGAAUGGUAUACCCGGAUACUAAUGAAAGAUAUAGAUAUACUAAACUCAGCAGGGAAGAUGGACAAAAUGAGGUUAUUGAACAUUCUGAUGCAGUUGAGAAAAUGUUGUAAUCAUCCAUAUCUCUUUGAUGGAGCUGAACCUGGUCCACCUUACACAACAGACAUGCAUCUAGUUACCAACAGUGGGAAAAUGGUGGUAUUAGACAAGCUGCUCCCUAAAUUAAAAGAACAAGGUUCUCGAGUACUAAUCUUCAGCCAGAUGACAAGGGUAUUGGACAUUUUGGAAGAUUAUUGCAUGUGGAGAAAUUAUGAGUACUGCAGGUUGGAUGGGCAGACACCUCAUGAUGAGAGACAAGAGUCCAUCAAUGCAUACAAUGAACCAAACAGCACAAAGUUUGUUUUUAUGUUAAGCACACGUGCUGGUGGUCUUGGCAUCAAUCUUGCCACUGCUGAUGUAGUAAUCUUGUAUGAUUCAGAUUGGAAUCCCCAAGUAGAUCUUCAGGCUAUGGACCGAGCACAUAGAAUUGGACAAACCAAGACAGUCAGAGUGUUCCGCUUUAUAACUGAUAACACCGUAGAAGAAAGAAUAGUAGAACGUGCUGAGAUGAAACUCAGACUGGAUUCAAUAGUCAUUCAACAAGGGAGGCUUGUGGAUCAGAAUCUGAACAAAAUUGGGAAAGAUGAAAUGCUUCAAAUGAUUCGACAUGGGGCAACACAUGUAUUUGCCUCAAAGGAAAGUGAGAUCACUGAUGAGGAUAUUGAUGGUAUUUUGGAAAGAGGUGCAAAGAAGACUGCAGAGAUGAAUGAAAAGCUCUCUAAGAUGGCAGAAUUGAUUGCAUUCACAGAGUGGAUUGAACCACCUAAACGAGAAAGAAAAGCCAAUUAUGCUGUUGAUGCAUAUUUCAGGGAAGCUCUUCGUGUUAGUGAACCUAAAGCACCCAAGGCACCUCGACCUCCAAAACAACCCAAUGUUCAGGAUUUCCAGUUCUUUCCUCCACGUUUAUUUGAAUUACUGGAAAAAGAAAUUCUGUAUUACAGAAAAACUAUUGGGUACAAGGUACCUCGAAAUCCUGAGCUACCUAAUGCAGCACAGGCACAAAAAGAAGAACAGCUUAAAAUUGAUGAAGCUGAACCCCUUAAUGAUGAAGAAUUGGAGGAAAAAGAGAAGCUUCUAACACAGGGAUUUACCAAUUGGAAUAAGAGAGAUUUUAACCAGUUUAUCAAAGCUAAUGAGAAGUGGGGUCGUGAUGAUAUUGAAAAUAUAGCAAGAGAAGUAGAAGGAAAGACUCCAGAAGAAGUCAUUGAAUAUUCGGCUGUGUUCUGGGAAAGGUGCAAUGAGCUCCAGGACAUAGAGAAGAUUAUGGCUCAGAUUGAAAGGGGUGAGGCAAGAAUUCAAAGAAGAAUAAGUAUCAAAAAAGCACUUGAUACCAAGAUUGGACGGUACAAAGCACCUUUUCAUCAACUGAGAAUAUCAUAUGGUACUAACAAAGGAAAAAACUAUACCGAAGAAGAAGAUCGUUUUCUGAUUUGUAUGCUUCAUAAACUUGGAUUUGACAAAGAAAAUGUUUAUGAUGAAUUGCGGCAGUGUAUUCGCAACUCUCCUCAGUUCAGAUUUGACUGGUUUCUUAAGUCUAGAACAGCAAUGGAGCUCCAGAGGAGGUGUAAUACCUUAAUUACCUUGAUUGAAAGAGAAAACAUGGAACUAGAAGAAAAGGAGAAGGCAGAGAAAAAGAAACGAGGACCAAAGCCUUCAACACAGAAACGUAAAAUGGAUGGAGCACCUGAUGGUCGAGGAAGAAAAAAGAAGCUGAAACUAUGAAUACAUUUUUGUUUCAUAAUCACUAACUUUAAACCAGUAGUUCUUUAAUUUACGGGUCUUCCUAAAAUGUACUGUACAAUGCUCAAUUGUUAUGUCAGUCAAAGACAUCAGGUUCAUCUGUUUACUGAGCUAGAAACAUAGUAUGUAGUUUCACUUUUUUAAAUGCAACAGCUGUGCUGAAAUUUUUUUAUCAUUAACACUUGAAGUAAUAAAAUAGGCUUCAUUUAUUAA